GAGAGAAGGAAGAUUGAAAAUCGAGCGUGUAUGGUGGAUUAUGCGUGAUCGUAGAAAGGAGGAAGUGAGGUAAAAGUGUUUUUUCGAGGCAAAAGCGGGCCGGCGAGCGAGGGGGCUCCGGGAUUCGAGCAACAGGAAAAUACGAGCUCGAUGCCGGAGGCUUCAGGGUCAGAGGUGGCCGACGAGUCGGAUUAUUCGAUUUUCGAGAAUAAGGCCGGCUUGGCCGAGGAUAUGAAGUUUCUGGCAAGUAUGCCGGAACUAUGCGACGUGACCUUCCUCGUCGGUGAUACCAAAGAACCUAUUUGCGCUGUGAAGGCUGUUUUAGCGGCCAGAAGUAGAGUUUUUCAGAAAAUGUUUUACCAGGCGCCAAGUCCACAGCGUAAAAAAGAACCGGCACCGAAAGAGAAUAAAAUCCGCCUGUUUCUAAAGAGAAGCUCGGAACCGUUGUUGAAUCUACAGAAUGCAGCGCAACAGCGGUCAGGGUUCGCGCAGCAGUUGGCUCCCAUACAAGAGCCGAAUCAGCAUCAUACGGUGAUCAUCGAGGAAUUUGAACCUGAUGUGUUUCGCCAGCUGAUCGAAUACAUUCAUACCGGAUGUGUGACAUUGCAGCCUAGAACAUUAUUGGGAUUGAUGAACGCAGCUGAUUAUUACGGAUUAGAACAACUGAGGAAAGCUUGCACAGGAUUUGUGCAAUGUUGUAUAACAGUGGACACGGUGUGCGCUUUAUUGGCGUCAGCUGAACGAUACAUUCAGUACAAAUGUACAAAAUCCUUGGUUCAUAAGGUAUUUGAAUUCGUCGACGAACAUGGCAAUGAAGUGUUGAAUCUAGGCUCGUUCACCCUUCUUCCUCAGCAUGUAGUCCGUUUAAUCCUCGCUAGGGAAGAGUUACGUGCCGAUGAAUUUACCAAAUUUCAAGCGGCCUUGAUGUGGAGCAAGAAAUACUGCGACAGCAACCAGAAUCAAGAUCUGAAGGACGUGAUAGGCAACUUUCUGGAGUACAUUCAAUUUCACAAGAUUCCUGCAAACGUGCUUAUGAGGGAGGUUCACCCUCUGGGCCUGGUACCUUCGGGGAUCAUAGUGAACGCGUUGGCCUAUCAGGCAGACCCGACCAGUGUCGACCCCGGAAAGCUCUCCCCCCACAAAGUGAAGCACCAGGACCGUAGUCUGUCGGUGCAAUCCUCGUUGCAGGACCAAUUCGGGAGCAACACGUCACUGAGCUCGACCGGGUCAAACGAUGCGGUCUCGCACCCGCUUGAAGGUAAAUACGGCAUAGCGGAGCAGGAAAUACGGGAGCAGGAACAAUGGCAGAAGCACAGGCAAGAAGAGGAGGAUCUGCAACGGCUGAUCGAGCAGAGGAGUCAGUAUCAAUCGAUGAGGCAGGACGAGGUGCAACGGCAGCACGACGAACAGCUGAUCAGAAGGCAGGAGGAAGAAUUGAGGAGGCAGGAGAUGCAGGAGGAGUUCGAGAGGAGGCAGAAGAGUAUGAAGAAGAAGAAGCAGGAGGAGGAGUUGAAGAGGAAGAGGGCUGAGGAGGAAUUGAAGAGGCAAAGGGAGGAAGAGGAGCAGAGGAAGAAGCAAGAGGAAGAGGAGUCGAAGAGGCGGAGGGUAGAGGAAGAGGAACGGAGGAAGCGGAGGGAGGAAAAAGAAGAAGAAAAAGAGAAGGAAGAAGGGAAGAAGGUGGAAGAUGUGGCGAAGCGGGAGGACGAGAAGAAGAAACGAUCGGAAGUGGAAUUGAGGAACGAGAGAGAAAAGGAGAAUUUGGAGAAACAUCGGAAGGAGGAGGAUUUGGGGAUCAAGGCAGAUCAAGAGGAAAUUCCACAGAAGAGAUUGAAAAGUGAAGAAGAUGAGAAACGGCAGGAAGUGGAGCAGCGAUUAGUGGCGGCGAUCGAAGAUAGGGCUCGAGAAGAACCAAUUGAAUCAAAGAAAGAGGAAAAAUUGGAUGGACAGGUGGAAGAAGAGAGACGAAAGCAGGAAGAGUUGUUGAUACAACGAAAGGAAGAGGAGCAACGAAGAAUUCGCGAAGAAAAGAAGAUGCAAUUACAGCUGGAGGAAUUGAAGGCACAUUGGACGUCGCAGCAGGAAGUAAUGUUGAGGAUGCAGGAGGAAGCAUUGCAACGACAGAUAGAGGAAACAAGAUACGAGGAUGAAUGGGAGAGCAGACAAUUCCAGCAAUUGCAAUUGCACAUAGAGGGUCGAAAACCUGAGGCGGAGAAGAAGUUGGAGCAAAGACAGACAACGGAGCGAAAAAGAGGGAGGAAGAGGAAGGAGGAAAGAGUGGAGAUUAAAGUGCACGAAGCUGAAUCGCCGAAGCGUGAACAGCAACUCCAACAAUCACAACUUGCAGAUGGCGUUACUGGUUUCUACAUAAAGAUAGUCGUGAGACAGGAAGGCAGAGCCAAUUUAGUUUGGUUGUUCAAAACGCACAAAUUUUGAAUGAUUCUCGUUUCUCAACAUCUUCUUUUCUUGAUUUGCCACUGCAAUUAAAGUUUAUAAUUAAUCGAUUAUUUUCGAGAAAGAAGAUUAUUCCAAGGUAUGACUAUCAUUCUUCGUAUCGUUUAAAUAAUUUUUGUCUCAUGAAAUUUUCACUUUACGUGAAACGAAUCGUUGUUUUUUCUUUUCUUUCUUUCUCUUUUUUUUU